UGAAUUAAUAGUUUAAUAAAAGACUAAAAAAAAUUUAUCAUCUUUUAUAAUUAAGAAAAAUAUUUAAUACAAUUUCUAUUUACCCAAAAAAAUUAUUAUUAUUAUAAAGAUAAAUUUAAAUUAAGUGAAAUGACGAACUUUGUUGUGGAUAAAAAAUGACUAAAAAAAAAGUUAUCAAGUUUGAAAUUAAAAAUUUAAUGUUUACCUUCAUAAAUUUAUGCCAUGUGACAUAAGAGUGAAAAGAUUGGUGUGAACAGAAGUAAAAUUAGAAUUACAUAAGCCAGAAAACAAACAAUUAAAGAAAAAAAAAAGAUAAAUUAAAACUUAAUAAGAUUUGAUAUCAGUGACACUCGAGAGAAGACAAGAGAUUAUUAUCUUGAAAUAGUGAUAAACGUCAAGGUAAUAAUAUUUAUUUAGAAUAAAAUCUGACAGAAACUGCAUUAAUGUAAAACCAGUCAACGGUGACACACAUCAUUAAGUAUAUUAAAAUAUAUACAUUUAUAUAUUUAUAAUAAUUAUUGUAACAAUAAUUAAAAUGGGAACGAAUCAAGAUAUUGAAGAAUAUUUUGUGUUUGCUAAACAACUUGCACUGCAAGCAGGCGAGAUUUUGAAAAAUUCUCUCGAUCGUGAAAAAACUGUUCACAUCAAAGGAAAUUAUCGAGAUCUGGUUACCGAACAAGACAAAGCUAUUGAAAAUUUAUUGAUAUCAAACUUAUCGAAGAAAUUUCCAGAUCACAAAUUUAUAGCUGAAGAAUCACACAACAAAAAUGAGCCAUUAGAAUUAACCGACGCACCUACAUGGAUUAUCGAUCCAAUUGAUGGCACAGUUAAUUUUGUCCAUGGAUUUUCACAAUGUUGUAUAUCAAUUGGUCUAGCAAUAAACAAAGAAAUAGAACUUGGAAUAAUUAACAACCCACACCAUAACGAAUUAUUCACAGCUAAAAAAGGUCAAGGCGCAUUUUUGAAUGAUAAAAAAAUCAGAGUAUCUAAUAUUCAAAAAUUAGAACUGGCUUUAAUAAAUAUUGAACCCAGUCUACUUAAAUGGGGGCCUAAACGUGACAUAACACUAGGUCGAAUUGAAGCGCUGUCACAAGUCGCUGAUGGAGUUAGAAAUGUUGGGUCAGCAGUAAUGGGACUAUCAUAUGUAGCAAGAGGUAUUAUUGAUGCAUUUCACAUGGAUCAUAUACAUCCAUGGGAUGUUGCAGCUGGAUACCUAUUAGUUAAAGAAGCUGGUGGUACUGUGAUUGAUAGUAAAGGAGGAAAUUUUAAUAUUAUGAAGCCAAUGACGUUAGCAACUGGAACAGAAGCACUCGCAAUAGAAAUAUCCAAACUGAUAAAUGAAACUGAUCUUCAAACACAACGCAGACGACUCAAGAGAACUUGAAUGUAUUUUAAUUAAUUAGUUAUGUAGAAAAUAAUUUUAGUUUUUAGAAAAAAUAUAAAAUUUCUGACUGAUAAAAAAAAGUGUCAGUUGAAUUAAAUAUAAAUAAAAAUUUGUAAAUAUUAAAAAA